CGGUGCAUGCGCACAGUUGGAAGCUUGUUACGCCUGUCGAGCCCCGAUAUUGGGAGUCUGUGGAAUUCGGACAAUUUUUUUUUAUAAAUUUUACUUUUUCAAAAUGCGUGCUUCGUUUUGUUUGCUGGUCGCGGCUUGCUGUGUAGCUCGAUCGUUUGCCGGGACGCUGCCAUCCUUCAUCCAGCCCUGCAAAGCAUCCGACCCGAAGCUGAACCAGUGCAUCGAGAAGGUGGUAGAAGCAGCUGGCCCCCAGUUCGCGGACGGGAUCCCAGCGCUGGGCAUCGCACCGCUCGACCCCGUGCAGCUGGGUACAGUCAACGUGGAGAGCAAUGCCCUGAACCUGGUGUUUACUGACACUGUCGUCACCGGCCUGAGAGGGUUCAGGAUCAAUGCUUUCAGGAUAAACACGGAGAAGGGCAAAGCGUCGAUCGACUUCACGGCCAACGUGACGCUGAAGGCUCACUACGACAUGGACGGGCAGGUGCUCAUCCUGCCCAUACGAGGCAACGGAGCCGCCAAGAUCAAGAUCACGAACCUGAACAUCGUGAUAAAGUACGACUACGAGACGAAGGAUGGUCACUGGGUGGUCACCAGCUACCGGGACAGCUACAAGAUGGACCGUGCGCAGUUCAAGUUCGGGAACCUCUUCAACGGCAACAAGGAACUGGCGAGUACCAUCCACACGGUGAUCAACGACAAUUGGGAGCCUGUGAUCCGCGAUAUAGCUCCCGUGGCCUUCGAACAAAUCAUCAAACGCUGCGUGGACGAGGCUAAGAAACUGUUUGCCGCCAUCCCUGCCGACCAGCUGCUUCUACCGUAAACACUCCGCUUUAUGAACCUGGGACGUUUCCUACUCGAGACCUACGGCCUAGGCAAAUAGCAAAUGUUUCUAUUUCUACACUCGUUAACGUGUAACUCGCGCGGAUCUAGACUCCUCGUACUUGAGACAAGGUUUUUUUUUUAUUUGGACAUUGGGCGGGUAUUGGGCUACGUUAGCGAGAGUAAAUAUAGGAACAUUUGCAACUGGGCUACGCCUUCUGAAAGGUAUAGAUAUCGCAAGCCAACCUAUACGACUUCUCUCAUUUUAUGCUACGCAUUUUAAUGUUGCUAUUAUAAAUCCUAAAAGCUGUAGGUGUACUUAUUAGUCAGAUGCAUACCAUAACUUUUAUUUCAAAGAUAAACGAACGCUUAAUUCGUAUUAUAUUUACCUAUGUACCUAUUUAGCUAUCGUGGCGUCAUGGGACCUACUUAGUUACCACAAUGCGGCAAACUUGUAUCUGUACAAAAUUGACGAACUUGCGUUAUCUAAGUUCUUUAUCAUUGUUUGUGGUCAUUUUUAUGUAACCAACAAAGUGUAGGUACCUAUUUAUGUAGUGAGAACAUUUUAAACACACUUAUUAUUGUCAAAAGGUAAGGACUUCUAAAGUAUAAGGACUUCUUUCUAAUGAAUUAUGCAAUGUCCCAGUUUCUUUUAUAAGUUUCUUUAAUUUUAGCCCCCAAGAGCCAGUACUAGUUAUACCAAAUACUACUUAGAAGCACAGGUGUGGGUUUGAUGCACAUGUACACACUAUUAUUGUAUUCUAUGAUGGUAUAGUCUUAGUACUAAUGUGCAAUCAUGUUGGAACUCUCCUAUUGUGGGGAUGCAGUAAUGUUAGGUUUUGGAAACAAAUUGUGUUCAAAACAAUAUUACCAUUGCAGUGUUGUGCUAAUGCCUGCUAAUAUGAGCUAUUAUUCACUAAUGCUCACACCUAGCUGAUAUUAGCAUAAUAACUAUGUCCUUUACUGUGGUAUAGCAAAGUAAUUGGCCACAAGAAGACUGUAUUUUGUAAGGAAUUUGAUGCUUUGUUCAUUGGCAACAUCAUUAGGUAUAAUAAGUUAAUUUGUUUUAGGUAUUUGUGAUAAAUAAUAUUAGCUCCUAAGUUAGGUCCAAUAAGCAAUAAUUUAUAAAUAAACUUAUAAAAAUUAAA